UUCUUUUUUUUCUACCAUAGCCAAAACAAACAAGUUUACCUUUAUCGUGACUUUUAGACUCUUAUUUUCUGACAUGUGAUGCCUGUGAUUAAACAACAUAACUGGACAACCUUAUGAACGCAUUACUUGCCUGUCAUGGGUGAAAUCCAUCUCAUAAUUUGCCUGCUGUGGGCAUUUGUCAAUAUGUGUAAAUGUGAGCCGCUCAUGUUUGGGGAGGUGACUUCCCCAAGAUACCCCCAACCAUAUUCUACGGAUCACCAGGAACAAUGGGACCUGGAGGUGCCACAAGGAUAUCAGAUCCAGCUAACCUUCAAUCAUUUAGACAUUGAGCCCUCUCCAAACUGCUACUAUGAUUCUCUCAUGGUUUUGUCUAAUGAGAAGGUUCUGGGAAAGUUCUGUGGCAGAAAUUCAACAGACACAUUUCAUCCAGGACACAAACAUAUCUUAGCUCCUGGAAAUCGUCUCCAAUUGGUUUUUCAAACGGAUGACUCAAAUCACGAGUCACACCUGGGCUUCUCUGCAUUUUAUCAGGCUAUUGACAUAGACGAGUGUUCCUCUACCAGUGUGGAGAGUAAAACAGAUCCUCCAUGUUCACAGAUAUGCCUCAACACUUUGGGCUCCUAUUUGUGCGCCUGUCAUCAUGGUUUCCAGCUAAAAUCUGACCAACGAACCUGCAUCUUGGACUGUGGAGGUGGGGUGUACAGUGAACCAGAGGGGACCAUCUCCAGUCCUGGGUACCCAGACCCAUCUCCACUUGAUCUGCACUGUCUCUACAGUAUUUCUGUGCAGCCAGGCUUCACUGUCACCCUUAACUUCAGUCAAACCUUCCAGAUAGAGCAGGUCUACGAACAGGAACAAGCCUGCCUCUUCCACUGGCUGCAAGUGUCUAUCCCAGGAAAAAAAACACAAAAAUUCUGUGGAAAUACAAGCCCUGGUAUCCUCUUUCUGGUGCCCAUUCAGGUUCAGCUUGAGUACCACACAGACAGACAUGGACAGAGUCAGGGAUGGAGCUUACAAUACACCACUCACAGGGUAGAGUGUCCAAAUCCAGGCCAAAUAAGCAAUGGAAGAGUCACCCCGAAAUUUCCCCGGUACUUGUACAGAGACUACAUCCAGGUGUCCUGCGAGACUGGAUACAAGCUCAUGAUGGGAGAAAAAGAGAUUAAAAGUUUUAUGACCAUGUGUCAGAGUGAUGGACAGUGGCAUUUGAAAUUGCCAGAGUGUAGGAUUAUUGAUUGUGGAAAUCCAAAGUCUCUGCAAAACGGUGGGGUUAAAGCGAUCUCUGGAUCAAACAAUCAGUAUCUCUCUGUCAUCGAGUACCACUGCAAUGAACCUUAUUACUCUUUUCACAAAAACCUUCAAGUUCGAUACAACUGUACAAGUGACCGGAAAUGGACAACCUUUGACAACAAUGACAUUAUUCCUCCCUGCCUCCCUGUGUGUGGCAUGAAUAUAGAUAUCACUGCUGGAGGAAGAGUCUAUGGUGGGAAGCCAGCCAAAUUGGGACAGAUUCCCUGGCAAAUCUUACACAGGUCAGGUCCCAGGGGUGGUGCUUCUCUGAUUAGUGAUUCCUGGGCUAUCACAGCAGCUCAUGUGGUAGAUGGAUACGAAAACAAAACCAUGACUUUCAUUGGUGGAGUGAUUAAUGUAAACCAUGCCGGUUCAGUCAGAUUAGAGACAAAGAAAAUCAUAAUUCAUCCAAAUUAUAAUAGGGUAGGUAAAGAUGGACACCAAGUAAACUUUGAUCAUGACAUUGCCUUGAUCAAAUUGUCUGACAGUGUGACGCUUGGUCCAAACAUCAGGCCAGUGUGCCUUCCAAAAAAAUCUGAUGGACCUGUAAUGGAGGGCAUGAUGGGUACAGUCUCUGGUUUUGGGGGAUUUCGUGGUGAUUCAAAAAGUAAUCUGUUGCUUUAUGGGGGUGUUCGGGAAUAUUUCUCGUGUGAUACAUUCGAUCUGCCUGUAACUGAUAACAUGUUCUGUGCUGGAAAUGAUAUUGACGGCAUUGACAGUUGUCAAGGCGACAGCGGUGGUCCGUUGUUUUAUCCUGCUUUGGGCGAAGCGUCUAAAGAUCAGCGCUUUGAGGUAAGGGGUAUUGUAUCAUGGGGUCCCUCAAAAUGUGGUCAUGAAAGCUUUAAAGGGUAUUACACAAAAGUGCAGAACUACCUGGACUGGAUCAGAGAAACUAUGGCAAAUAACUAACACACAAGAGCCCUCAGUCAGUCAUUAUUCUACUACAGAUAUACUGUACUAUACACUCUCAGAAGAAAUGCUAAGAAAGCUGUCACUGUGACAGAUCCCUGUUAGUCCUAAUAUGUUCAAUUUAGUACAGAUAUGUAUACAUUUGGUAUGAGUACCUUUGAGAUAUGCCCUCCUUAUGUACAAGGGUGUGCUUUUUAAAAUGGUCUCGCCCCAGUGACAGCUUUUAUGCCUUUGAGAGUGUACAGGUUUUCAUUGCAAUCCUUCAGAUUCGUUCAAAUUCUUGUUAAAAGUGUAAAUGUGUAUUUUGACUUAUUUGUUUCAAAUAAACACAUUUGGAGUUUGAAAAAGAA